CCAAAACCCCUUGCUAAGGACGUCUUUCAGAAAUAUAUCACAGAAAACGUCUUUUGAAAUACAGUUUCAGGGGAAAGACAUAUUCCCAUGUUGAUGUUGAUCUCUUAAACUACGAAAGCCUUUUAUCUGAUUAUCCCGCCUAAAACUCGUGGAAUCUUUCCUCAAAUAACAUAAACAAUGCUGGCCAAAAGAGGGCGCUGUGCUACAAGUCCGUAAACUUUUUUGACACUUGACAGAUUUCUGUGCACGUGUUUGAUUUGAUCAUGCACUGUCAUGAGAACGUCGGCGAAGUUUGGAUGUCUUUCGCUUCAAUAUCAACUUCAAGUAUUAAAAGCAACUGUUCCCUUCUACCUAUAAGUAUAAGCGGACAUUGUCAACAUUCUUGGACUGAAGUCUCCAGGUAAACCAGCAUGGCAUCUGAGAUACAAUCCCAGGCCUUGCAAGUCUCUCAAGAUGGUCCCUCCCACAUACAGAUGCUCCCCUCAGAAGUGUGGCUACAGGGGCAGGACUACGGGACAGACUUCCCAGAACGUCAUGCAGGAUUGGAGACCGAGCAAAUACAGCUGAGGUACCCUUCCCCAAUGAGAUGGCAGACAGAUGCUCUGCCGGGUGAUACGGAGGACACAGGUUUAGGGGAUUCGGUGUCAGCAGGUGGGAUGUGUCAAAGACCAUAUCCUGUCUUGCUCAUCAGAGCCAAUCCUGUCUCUGAUUCUGAUGAUGAAUUGGAAACUCCCUCAUUGAUGCCAUCGAGUGACAUUCUCCAAAAUCAGGAUGUUGUUGAGGAAGCCGGCCACAUCUCUCCCAGUUCUGGAUCAGCAUCACCUGGCAAUUUGGCAGUUUACAUAAACUGUAAGCCGGCCUUGCUUUCUUCCUUAAAAGACCCUACCUUGGAAACCACAUCUGAGACAGAAAGACAACAGGCAGAGUCUAAUACUCUCUCAGUGCAACACACUGAGGCUUUAUCAACCUUGGAGUUUUCCUCCCAUUUGCAGGGUCAUUCAGCUUCCCCAAACCAGAGUAUUGCCUACCCUACCUACCAGUACCUUAUGACUAAUGAGCCUCUGACGAUGCCUCCAAUCUCACCUGAAACCUGUGACGAUUUAUCCACAACCUCACCUCAGGCAUCCAGGCAGACAAUUGCUGGCAUCUUUCAAGACACGUUGCAGUCUCUCAGAGCGAGAUCUGCAUCAGCAGAGAUGGCUUCCGUAGCUGAAUCACACCCCUUUACUUUUCUCAGGGACAGCAUCUCUAACAAAUCUGAAAUGGGCUUUCCUAGGACAGCAUCAAUGGGCUUCUCGAGUGAACCAACUCUAUCCAACAAAAGAACGAUCUAUGAUAUUAAUGACAACCUGUUGCCUUCUAGUGAAUCUCAUAUCUCAAAACAGUUCUGCUCGGAAACCAGGGAGGCUGUUGACAGGCACCAGCACAAUUAUGUCCAGAGUAUGAAGCUGCCAAGGUCUGAGCCACAACUGUCACCAAGCCCUAAUCAUCACCUCAAUUUUCAGACAAGAAAUGCGACACAAAGAAUAGGUUCCUGUCACCCUCAAGAGAUCCAAUUUCAAAUGUGUAACUCUAUCAGUCUUGCCAACAAGUUUAAGCUUCCCUCGCCAGAAAACGCAAACACUCCUACCUACUCAUCAGGUAUCCAUGCACGUGCUGUUUCAACUGAAAAAAUGCCUCGGUCUCCCAUUCCAUACUUCUCAAAUGUUGCAUAUGGUGGAACAAGCACAGUUGUUCCCUCCCUCAAACACUUGACAAAUCAUCAUCCUCAUUCUUGUGUCUCAUCACUGCCAAGACCGAAAUCUCUGGAUGCCCAACGUUUUCCAUAUCUGACCUCUGAAAUCCCAACUCCAUUCUGCCUUCCAUCACCUUCAUCACGAGUGCCAGGUGCUCUUCCAGCCAGAGAGACUCUACAAAUGUCACCUUUGCAUCACACACCUAAUGAGCAUGUAUCUGUAGGUGCAGUACAAUCACCUGGUCUUGCUACAGAUGUUCCUUCGCCCAUAGCUGUCUUCCCUUUUGAUGCAACACCUGUGCCUUGGCCUUCAUUGCCACCUGUGAACUCCAAAGGUUCAGCUAUUGGUUCAGCUGCAGCUCGUGCACCUGCUAUGGUAUCACCUUUGCACGAACCUGCAAAUCUGCCAACGCAACCCUUUCAACCCAGUCUUCCUUAUCUGGCAAGAGUUCCUAAUGCUGCGCCUGACCAUGUUCCAUUUACAAAUCAUUGGUCUCCCAUUGACAUCCUUGGUGCAGAUAAACCUGUGGCACCCAGCAGUAGACCACAGUUUCGUUUCUUUCCUGUGAGUGGACAUAUGGAUCAUUCAUUCUGUCCCCCACCUGCAGUUAGUUUGCCAUCCAUGACAUCAGUUGCAAUGCCUGUGAGCUCAUCACCCAUGCACUGGCCACCUGCUACCCCCUCUCCCACAGGUACCUUCCAAAAGUGUGUUCCAAGCUUUCAAUCAUCUACAGUACAGUGGUUGUCUGUACCAACAUCAAAAGCUUGGCGACCUGCAAACAUUUCUAGAUCUUCUCAUCUGCCGUCAUUUGGUAACUUUUCCCUGCAAUCACCUGAAAUGAUGCCACAGACUUCAUCUGUGGGACCUGCUGGAUUGUCCUACACAGAUCUCUUCCGAAAUGGAGAUACUCUUCAACCUUCAACGCCUUAUCAAAGGAAGCCUCCGCCACCAUAUCCAGGGGAAAGGCCUACCCAGCCUGUCCAAGAUUCGUAUCCCUACACAGAAAGUUUGAAAAAAUACCAGAUUCCAACCCAGAAGUUAUCUCCAGUGAAUGAGCCUGUUCAUCCUUACUUAUUAAAGGAGCUUCUGGUAAAUCCUCCACUUGUAAACCCCUUCCAGCAUCCUGCCAUGAAUACCUACCCUCAUGUCCAUUGUUCCUCCAAGUACACUCCUGGAGCAGCUACUCAAGAAAAUGUUCCUCCAGAGCAUGUUUCAAAACGAUCGAGGAGUAAAGCUCGUAGGCAGAACAAAGCUCUUAAAAAACGUGCAGCUUCAAAGACUUCUAGUUCCCAGCAAAGUACUUCAUCUGAUACAAUGGGCAGUUGGGUAAGCAAGUUUAUUCAAACCUCGUUCGACUUUCUUCGAGAAACGUCCCUGCAAAACCCUACACCAACUUUAUGUUCUGAGAAAUGCCUUCCAGCAUCACACCAAGGUGAGGAAGUCCGCUUGGCCUCUCAACCAGGUGCAACAUCAAAGGAAGGUGAUGGUUUGCCUAAAGCUAGCCCAGUGGUUCAAACAGCAGAGCUUCCAAGUACAGUACCAGAAUCUGCAAGAAGUUUUCCAUUGCCACACCGACAAGAAGUUCCAUUGAGAUCUUUUCAACAGAACCUGAGUUUCGAGGUGAAGGAACCCCAGACAAAGCCAGCUAAUGAGUUCCUUAAAGUGUUUCUGGCCUGGAGAGCCAACAUAAGAAAAUGCUCUGAGCAGACUAAAGAUAAUACCAUUUCAACAACAGCAGAAGUGGAUGCAAGCACUGUACCAUUUUCAGACAGUGUACAGAGUCUUCAUAACUCUCAUGGGAAUGACAGUUCGAGCAACGAAGUAUCUCAAGCUCCAACAAAAGAACUCACUGGGCAUGGAUUAUGUGACUCUGUUGAAAGCCUUCCACAAUCAGAUCAAAGUUUCAAACCUGCAUCAACUCAAGAUGCCAUGCCAGCUUCAUUGGGAGAGGUCACUGCACAUGGAUUAUCUCACUCUACUGAAAGCCUCCUACAUGUACACGUAGACCCAAAGUCCAAGGCUUCAACAACAACCCACGAAGAUCUAAACGCAGGACAGAGGUCGCAAUACAUGGGACCAUUUCAGGAGCACUCAUCACCUGGCAGAGCAGCCAAUAAAGUACCCGAUGAAUCUCCAUUGCGAGAACUCAUUGGGCAGGGAUCAUCUAACUGUGCUGAAAACCUCCAACAAAUUAACCCAAGCUCCAAUGCUUCUACUGAAAGCCUCCAAAAGGUAGACCAAAGGUCCAAUGCUUCCACAGAAAUCCAAGGAGUUGCCAACCAAGCACAGACAUUGCAUAUGAUGCAGCCUUCCGAGGAGCACUUAUCACCACUGGGCAGAGCAGCUGAAGAGAAGGUAUUGGGUAAUAUCUUCAGGUGCAUAAACUGCAAUCAAGUCACUGCGUACAUCCGAAUCAACCAGCUUACUCGUUGCGAUACUGAAGUCUUGGCAAAGCUGAACUUGUUCAUUGGUGAGAAGCCUGAGAAAAUGUCAGGACUUCUCAUGUGCGAGUCCUGUUUAAACUCUCUUCGCCUUAUCGGCCUCGAUCAGCAGAAACUUGAAAGAGCCAGGGCCGAUUUCAGGCGAGAAAUCUGCAAGGAUACCUUCCUCAUGACGUGGGUUUCGCACUCGCUGAGGAAGAACUACUGCGUGCAUUGCGGCUGCACCUUGCUCCCGCACCCCCACCGGACGGACAUCUUCCGUGAGACAAGUGAUGGUUGGGUUCCGGCUGACGUCAUCAUCUCGGAACUGAGCGUUCUGAGUCCCAUGAGGGAUAGACACGAGUUGUAUCUGUGCAUGCCAUGUUUCCGAGACUUGGCAUCGAUUCGCGAAGCCCUGACGUUGAUGAAAAUAGACAUGGCUAAGUUCUUGGAGAAGAUGUCACAAGAGAGCGUCAUGUACUUUUAUUGUUGCAAAAAAGUUGUUAAAAUAUCGUAGUACAAAAUUGUUGACAGUAUUUUAGUUGUGCUGCAGAACACAUUCAAGUGUAUUAGAAGGAUAAAAGAAUGUGUUAGGCCAAAAAAAAAAAAAUUCGGUCUCUGGUCAGACCAAAGUUCCGGAAUUGAUGCGGCGAUGCGUUUUUUGGGGGGUUUUUUUGGCCUUUUUUU